AAGGAUGCAAAGAUGAAGGAAUAUUAUUAUGGUAUACCCACAUAGGGGAGAUGAUGAAACGUGAAGGGAGUGUUAACUGAUCGGAGACGAUCAGUUCUCGGACUGAGUAUCAAGCUCGUUUUGUUUUUCAAAAAUUAAAUAACGCUAAAAAUCGUAACAAAAGUGCAACAAAAAUUUACCUGUCGUGUUGUGAAUUCCAUACAUAUAAACUUGCUACAUAUAUUAAUGAUAAUAGAAAACAUGAAAUUAUUGAAAAAAUACAAGUAAAUUGUCCAUGUUCAACACUGUCCAUACUGACUGACAUUACAUUGAUCACGUGACUAGACAACUACGUAUGUGAUUGGUUCCGAGUAGAGUGUAUCCGAGUAUUCUAUAGAAAAAUGAAAAUGGCUGCUUGUAGAUGUUAUUUCUUGUUCUUUGUGUAAUUUAUAGUUUUGUGUAUAUAUUAACAAUAUUUACAAAAUGCCGAGUGCUUCGUUUACGUCGUCUAGGUCAUAUUUACGACGAUCCAGACGAAAAGGAGCAAAUAGAAUACCAUUGCCAUCCAGAACGAGUUCUGCUGCCGCAGAACCUUGUGAGCCAUUAUGUCAAGUUCCAAACCAAAAUAUACCUCCAAGUCCUGGUGGGAUAAGCGCUCCAUCUGUAGGAGCCGCACCAGGAGCAAGUUCCGCACCAGGACCAGCAACUAGUGCAUCGCCAAGUACUAGUGGUGUUGCAGCACCACAAGCCGCUGGAAGUGCACAUCAUCCACCAUAUGAUUUGCGUAGAAAAUCACCAUCACAUCAUGAUCUUGGAGCCAGUACUAGUGCUGGUGGCCCUCCAGGAACACUUCCAUCAUCAGCAGCUUCCACAGCAGGACCUAGUUUUAGUGCAGCUACGGUACCUGCACGUAAAAGGCUAAGACGGACAUGUUCUAUGAACAAUUAUGAAGUUUGCACAAAUUCAGCAGCACAUUAUUUACAAUAUGAACUGCCCGACGAAGUUUUACUCACAAUUUUCAAUUAUUGUUUAGAACAAGACUUGUGCCGUGUGGCACAAGUUUGUAAACGGUUUAAUGGGAUUGCAAAUGACACAGAGUUAUGGAAACGAUUAUAUCAAAGUGUAUACGAAUAUGAUUUACCGUUAUUUAAUCCAGAACCAUGUAAAUUUGAAUUCAUUAGUGCUGACGAAUCGGAUUUAGCCAAUCCGUGGAAAGAAUCAUUUCGACAGUUGUAUCGUGGCUUACAUGUACGUCCUGGCUAUCAAGAUUUACGUUUUCGUGGACGAAGUUUAAAUUUCUUUAAUACUGUACAGGGAGCUUUAGAUUUUGCCGAUGAACGUAAUAGUAAUUCAAAUUCGAGUACUAGCGUCAGUACAAAUAAUAGUGGGAGUUCUAGCGGUGGACGUUGUAGUAGUCCCACAGAUUCAGGAUGUUCGAACAAUAAUCAGGGUGCACUGGUGUUUCUUCAUGCAGGCACAUAUCGUGGUGAAUUUUUAGUAAUUGAUUCAGAUAUUGCACUUAUAGGGGCUGCACCAGGAAAUGUUGCUGAAUCUGUGAUUUUAGAACGUGAAUCAGAGUCGACAGUAAUGUUUGUGGAGGGUGCUAAACAAGCAUAUGCUGGACAUUUAACAUUAAAAUUUUCACCGGAUGUCACAUCAACUGUACCUCAUCACAAACAUUAUUGUUUGGAAGUUGGUGAGAAUUGUUCACCGACUGUAGACCAUUGUAUUAUUCGUAGCUCAAGUGUUGUUGGAGCCGCAGUUUGUGUAAGUGGUGUAGGCGCAAAUCCAGUUAUAAAACAUUGCGAUAUCAGCGAUUGUGAAAAUGUUGGCUUAUAUGUUACCGAUUAUGCUCAAGGAACGUAUGAAGAUAAUGAAAUUAGUCGUAAUGCAUUAGCUGGUAUUUGGGUCAAAAAUUAUGCAAAUCCAAUAAUGCGACGAAAUCAUAUACAUCAUGGGCGUGAUGUUGGUAUUUUUACUUUUGACAAUGGCUUGGGCUAUUUCGAAGCAAAUGACAUUCAUAAUAAUCGAAUUGCCGGAUUCGAGGUAAAAGCUGGAGCAAAUCCUACUGUUGUACAUUGUGAAAUACAUCAUGGACAAACUGGUGGUAUUUACGUUCACGAAAAUGGUUUAGGACAAUUUAUUGACAACAAAAUACAUUCAAAUAAUUUCGCUGGUGUGUGGAUUACAUCGAAUAGUAAUCCUACCAUACGGCGUAACGAAAUUUAUAACGGGCAUCAAGGCGGUGUGUACAUAUUCGGUGAAGGACGUGGUUUAAUCGAACAUAAUAACAUUUACGGCAAUGCUCUAGCUGGUAUACAAAUUCGUACUAACAGUGAUCCUAUCGUACGCCAUAAUAAAAUCCAUCAUGGCCAACAUGGUGGAAUCUAUGUUCAUGAAAAAGGGCAAGGUUUAAUUGAAGAAAAUGAAGUGUACGCAAAUACGUUAGCUGGGGUAUGGAUUACUACGGGUAGUACACCCGUGCUCCGACGUAAUCGUAUCCAUUCGGGUAAACAAGUUGGUGUAUAUUUUUACGAUAAUGGACAUGGGAAACUUGAAGAUAACGAUAUAUUUAAUCAUUUAUAUUCGGGUGUACAAAUUCGUACGGGUAGUAAUCCUAUGAUACGUGGUAAUAAAAUUUGGGGUGGACAAAAUGGUGGUGUAUUAGUGUAUAACGGGGGCUUAGGACUAUUAGAACAAAAUGAAAUAUUUGAUAAUGCGAUGGCUGGUGUUUGGAUCAAAACUGAUUCAAAUCCAACGCUGAAACGAAAUAAAAUAUUCGAUGGACGUGAUGGAGGGAUUUGUAUAUUUAAUGGCGGUAAAGGUGUACUCGAAGAGAAUGAUAUAUUUCGUAAUGCACAAGCUGGGGUUUUAAUUUCAACUCAAAGUCAUCCUGUACUGCGUCGAAACCGGAUAUUUGAUGGUUUAGCAGCUGGAGUGGAAAUUACAAACAAUGCCACGGCAACAUUAGAAUUUAAUCAAAUAUUUAAUAAUCGGUUUGGUGGGUUAUGUUUAGCGAGUGGAGUAUUACCAACUGUGCGUGGUAAUAAAAUAUUUAGUAAUCAAGAUGCGGUGGAGAAAGCGGUUGCAAAUGGUCAAUGUUUGUAUAAGAUAUCGAGUUAUACAUCGUUUCCAAUGCAUGAUUUUUAUCGGUGUCAAACGUGUAACACAACUGAUCGAAAUGCGAUUUGUGUUAAUUGUAUUAAAACAUGCCAUUCUGGGCAUGAUGUUGAAUUUAUUCGACAUGAUCGAUUUUUCUGCGAUUGUGGCGCUGGAACAUUGACCAAUCAAUGUCAAUUACAAGGUGAGCCAACACAAGAUACGGACACAUUAUACGAUUCUGCUGCACCGAUGGAAUCGCAUACGUUAAUGGUAAAUUGAAAUAUCAUAAGUAUUGGCGCAACAAGCCGUAAUCAACAUCAACAGCAAAUAUUAACGUCCAUAUUUUUUGUAAAUGGUGCAUAUGCAUACUCAACGUUCGUAAUAUUUCAUUAAAUCGAAAUAAAAUGCAAUAUUCGUAACGAUGAUGGAAAAAAGACUAUUUAAAAAUUACCCCCCCCCCCCCGAUCGGACAGUGAUUUAGAUAUGCGUGCGAUAUAUAUAUGUAUAUAUAUAUAUUCAUUGACAACCAAUCCUAGAGAAGUGUGUCUGUGUAUCCUUUUGAUGUGUGUGUGUUAUGUCUUCUUUGUUAUAUAAAAAAAAUUGAAAAUAAUAAAAAGUUUUUUAAUACG